GGUACCGACAGAACCAGGUCUGUGCUGCAGGGCCUUCUUCAGGACCUCGCUGCAGAGCUUCAGGACGAGCUGAUUGAUCUGGACGGCGAGGCGAAGGCGACACACAUCAGGGCAGCCGAGGGUGGCAUCUCUCACCAUGAAGCUAACAGAACCUGCAUCUCUAAAAGACUCAGGCGUCCGUUUUCUCCACACGGCUGCAAGAAGAAGAAGAACUGGUGUUAUCUGAGUCCGGAUGCCGAGCAGCUGGACCGUGAAAACCCCGUGAAGACUUGGGAUCACCUCAUCAUGCCGCGUAGCUUCCCAGACUUGCCUGAGAAGAUAUCUGCGGGGGAAGCCACCCGCCCCGGAAAAGUCGACUCAACGCAUCUACUUCAGCCCGCCGUCGGCACGAAGGUCCAUCAGGCUCAGCUGAAGCACAACCCCGAGUCCGUGACCUCCAUCUCGCCCUGGUGCUCGAACCUCAGCGACGACAUGAAGGAGAUGACGGCAGGUUGGAGGUCGGAUAGGAAGGUUCAGUAUCAGGAGGUCGAUGUUGCUUGUUCCGGCACUCAGACGACCAAGAAGCCGAAGAUGGUGAGCGUCGCUCUGCAGACGGAGGGUGUGGUUAGCGUUAGGAGUCCGACUCGAGGCCUGAGCUCCUCUCUGGUCUCCAACAGAUCGAACCACAUCUCCACCUCGUUGGAUGGAGUCCCGGGAGAAUCAGAUCCACCGCAUCGUCCUCUUCGCCAAAACUCUACCGGAGACACUCUACAUCCGGAGUGUCUUCUUCCGCCAACUCCUGUCUACUUCGUCCAGAGACCGAGGCCUGUGGAGCCCGAACUCGCAAAGCAACACCAGCCUCACGUGGACCAGACAAACCUCAUCAGAACCCCGGCCCCUACA